CUGCAUCAACGAGCUUCUCCUGGAUUCGGCCCGUACCCGAAUCGUAUCGCUCAGCAGCUCGAUUCGAACUCGGUUUCCUUUCGAUGUGAUCUUUGAUCAGCCGCUGAGGUUGACGGGACCUGAAACGGGUGGGGACGGGGAUCGGGUUGCUGCGCCCGUUAUGGGGAGGAGGGUCCGGAGGAGAAGGGUUUCGGGUAGAAAGGGGAAGACUUUGGCGGUUUCGGUGGUGGAUUCGCCAAUGAGGCUGAGCUGGCAGAAGGAAGAGGGGAUUGGAGACAAUUUUGGUUGUGAGAGUAAAGAGGAGAACUCUGUUGGUUGUUUGGGUUUUGGAGAUGGGAAGAGAAUUGUUGAGGAUGUUGAUUCUACGGUUGCUGAAACUGCUCACGCAACUGAAUAUUAUUCUGUGGAAGACACAGCAUCUGCUACUCGAGAUGUUCAUGCCUCUAAUCAAAACAUGGAACUAAUAAUUAGAAACCUGGAACGAGAACUUGAAGAAGCCCAAGCUGCUCAUGCUUCUCUUUAUCUUGAGUUGGAGAAAGAGAGGAGUGCUGCUGCAACUGCUGCUGACGAAGCCAUGGCUAUGAUUCUACGACUCCAGAGUGAGAAGGCUGCUGUACAGAUGGAAGCUCGGCAGUACCAGAGGAUGAUCGAGGAGAAAUCUGCUUAUGAUGGUGAAGAAAUGGAGAUUCUAAAAGAGAUCAUCGUGAGGAGAGAAAGAGAGAAUAACUUUUUGCAGAAGGAAGUUGAAGCAUAUCGGCAGAUGCUUUCUGGAGAGAUCACAGGUGACAAACCUGAAUUCUUGUUUGACUCGUCCGAAGACCCUACUUUGAUGCUAACAACCAUUUGUGAGUCAAUCAGGAAGAAGGAAAGGAUACAUGGUAAGAUGAAACACACAGAUGAUAUUGCAGGAAUACAUUAUCCUGAAUUGCCAGUGCCUGGCGAGGAAUGCAAGGAAAAGGGCAUUGUAACAGUGGAAGUUUACCCAUCUGGAGAAUGCCAAAAUUCUAGUUUCAAUGAAGAUGCUGUUGGAUAUAAGUUAGAUGGAGCUCAAAAUCUUGGAUUUUGCGAAGAAUCCUCAUGUUUAUGUAGUGAUGACCAUGCUGGAAGAGAAAGCAACACUGAGUUGAGAAUUCCUAUUGAUGGUUUGAAUGGGGACGAUAAAAAAGGAGCUAAACGGAGCAGAAACUCUUCUCUGUUUGAGGCAGAAUCAAGUGUCCUUGAUGUUCAUGUUAUUGAGGAUAAGCAUAAAUUGGGUGUUGAGGAAUAUGAAAAAUCAAGUAAUAUUCUUAAGAUGGCAUCUGCUCCAGAAUUAUCUGGGAAAAGUGACGUGCCAGAUGAGUUGCCAGGAAGUAGUAAUGUUGAUAUUUCAAGAAAAACUUCACUCCCAAACAGGGUUGGAGUGGAACAGGACAUCCAAAGAAGUUACUCAGAGAUGACCAUUGGGCGUCAGCUGCUGGAUACUUUGAUCGAUAAUACUUCAUAUAAUGAUAUGAGGAGUCCGAUGUCUUCUGUUGACAGUAAAAGAUUUAAGCUUGAAACUGAAGUUGAGAUAUUAAGGAAAAGGCUGAAGACCAUCCAGCAGGGGAGAGAAAAUUUGGACUUUGCUAUGGGGUAUAGGGAAAAUGAAACUUUCCAGUUACAACUCUUAGAGGAGAUUGCCUGCCAGCUUCAAGAGAUCAGAAAGUUAACCGGACCAGGAAGGAGCACACGCCAGGCUUCUUUACCACCACUAUCUUCUAAGGUGCGCACGAAGAAAAGGCGUUCUCGUAGUGUCUCUUGGGGGUUAAAUGAAAGCGCAUAAUCAUGUAGAUGUACCUGCCAGGCCGUAGGCCAUCAGCUUGAUGGUUGACUUGCUCCGAUUCAAAUUUCUUACGCUGUUGCAAAUGUUCUUUAAGUGAUGUAUUCUCAGGAAACUUUGUAUAGAGACUAUUUUUUUUUGUUGCACCUGUUGUAAGUAUUUCAGUUCUGUCACAAGCUGCAAAGUGUAGUGAAUUUGUCAAAAAAAGUCUUCAGUAUAGGCACACAGAGAAGUUAGGAUUACAGAUGGUGCUCAAUAAUGAAGAAUGUUUGCGGUUCUUUUGGUGGAUGAUUAUGUGUAAUAUCUGAAGCAAAAAGCAUGAUCUCCCAUGUAGUUUCACUAUUCAGUCGAGGAGUUGAUGUACGUGUCACAAAUGAAUGUUGUAUGUUGUUUUAUAUUGUUCCUAUUUUUAUUUUCUUUUCAUUUAUUGUUCAGUCUUUAACUUCUCUCUUGUAGCAAGUAAGAUACGCAAACUCAAAACAACUGAAGUAUUUCAUGUUAGAGCUUGUUAUGA